UGUUAAUUUAUGGAAUUGCGGCUACCGGAUGGCGGGGAUGAUAACAACUGGCAACGGUUACCAUUUAUGAUAGUGUAACGUGCAUUAAACAAAAACAUAUUUCUUCCCACUCGUGUAUAAGUACCGUUCGCUUGAAGGCAUCGACGGGCUGGUGGAAGAGGUUCAGUGAAAUAGCGUGGAUUGAAAGAAUUAAAUAAUCAUGUCUAUGCUUGCCGAGCCUAAACGUAAACAAAGGUGGACACUGAAUCCAAGAGGGAAAGCAUGGAGCGACGAUUCAAACAAAUUUGGACAAAAGAUGUUGGAGAAAAUGGGAUGGAGCAGUGGUAAAGGACUUGGUGCUAAAGAACAAGGUGUUACGGAACACGUCAGAGUUAAUUUCAAGAAUGACCAGCUUGGCGUUGGUUUUAAAAGUAAGGAUACUACUGAAUGGACUCAACAGCAAGUAGAAUUUGAUGAUUUGUUGAAACAACUCCAGAACAAUGAUGCAGAGACUACAAAAUCAGCAGAAUCUGAGAAAGUUGCAAAUGAUGCAUCGUUAGAAGUGAAAUCCCAGUUAAGUCGCGUGAGAGUCCAUUAUCGUAAAUUCACUGCCGGUAAAGAUGUUAAUAAAUAUAGUAGCAAGGAUCUUGCUAGUAUUCUCGGGAAGAAGGAUUCGGUUGAACAACCAGAAUCCCAGGAGCACUUAGAUGAUAUCGGUACGGAAGACUGUACCGCAGGUGUCGUUACAGUGAAAGGAGGAAGUAUGGAAGAUUACUUCAAGAAAAAGCUGCCGAAUUUCUAUCAGCAAAAAGGAAACGGUAAAGAUGAAAAGAAAUCGGACGGUGAGAAACAAGGAACUGCUAAAAAAGUGAAAGAUACUGGUAGCAUGUCGAAAGUAGUGGAAUUUUCCACACAGGAAAGUAAUUGUGCUUUCGAUAACCCUUGUUUAGAUCUGAAUAGUCCUCAGAGAAACACUUCAAAGAAACAAAAAAAUCCCUUUGUUUUUGAAAACGAAGGCUUCAAUAUGAAAUGUAACGAACCCGAGACACCAGUUAAGAUUAAAUCUGAAUUGAGUGACAAAGGUAACGAAGGUUUCAUCAAUCCUGCAUUAAAUUUAGAAAGUCCAGCAGAUGAUUGUCACAAUGGCACAGAAUUUGAAGUCUCUCGAGCAGAAUUUGGCAUUUGUAAUAGUGGGUUAGAUUUAACCGAUGAGUUAACUGGAAAGAAACAUGUUACUUUUAAUGACGAAGUAGAGUACAGUGACGGUACAACCAGAGAAAGGAAAGGCAAGAAACUGAAAUUGGAUAAGUUUGAAGUACUGAAUGAAAAAAUGAAAAAGAAGAAGAAGAAAGAGAAGAAAACUGUGGAACCUGAAAUUAAGGGCUUCUCAAAUGAGGCAUUAGAUGUGGAAAUUAUAUCUCAGGAAGUUGCUGACAAUGAACAGAAUGAACGCAAAAGUAUCAAGGCACGAAGGAGGAAAACUCGCAGACUGUCGAGUCUAGAGACGAUCAUCGAGGCACCAGAAGAAGAUACAAAAGAAUCCAAUAGUGUAGUUCCAAACGAAGAGCUAUCGGUUGAGCCUGAUUCCUCAAACAACACUGAAUCUGAAGUAAAGAGAAAGUUUAAGAAGAAAAAGCGUACAAAUCUUAAACAAGAGACGCCAAUUAUAGAUAUAAAUUCUUCUGAUGAUGAAGCUGUAGAAAUAAUAAAAGAAGUUUCAAAGAAAGCAAAGAAAAAAGAAAAUCCACCUGAUGAUUCGAACUCUAAAAGAAAAAAGAGAAAAAGGAAAGACGAAGUAGACAAUGUAUAUGACGAGGAGUGUCAAGUAGUGGCGACUGAUAAAGAAAAUGCCGAACAUGAUUCUAGUCAAAAUGAAGUGAGCACGCCGAAAAAGAAAAAGAAGAAAGAGGAAAAGAAACCUAAAGAGUUAGUUGAAGUUGACACAACUCCGUAUACUCCUCAAGAAGCUCAACAAAAUUCAACCAAGCAAGAGGAUACGGUGCAAAAAAAGAAAAAAAAGAAGAAAAUAACAACUUCAGAAACGUGGGACACUCCAUCCAAUGAAACCAACGAAAAUGUUUCGGCAGAAUCAACCGGUGAUACAAUAGUACAAACUCCUACCGAGAGUAGAUUGAAAAUAUCCAAGAAAAUUCUGAAAGUUUUGUUCAUUCAAAGUCCAGUUCUUCAUUUUAACGGGUCAAAUAUCAAUGAAAUCAAAGGCUAUGGUAGCCAAAUGGAGAAAGCAAAUUAAAACAUAAUAUAUCAAUUUAUAUAAUCGUCAGCUAAUAUUUAUUGUCCGUACAAUAAUUUGAAUUGGUGUUUACUGAGUUUAUUGCAGUAAUGAAUCAAAAAUCAUUUGAUUAGUUGUACAUAUAUAUAAUGAUUAACGCGUGCAUAGGA